AUGGAUGAUUUUAGUGUUUAUGGUGACUCAUUUGAUCGCUGCCUUCAUAAUCUCACUUUGGUACUCCAGUGGUGUAUUGAAACUAACCUUGUGCUUAAUUGGGAAAAAUGCCAUUUUAUGGUAAACCAAGGUAUAGUUUUGGGUCAUGUGAUUUCAGUCAAGGGAAUAGAGGUUGAUAAGGCAAAGAUUGAUUUAAUUCGUUCUCUACCAUCUCCGACUAGUUUGAAAGAAGUGAGAUCAUUCCUUGGGCAUGCUGGGUUCUAUCGGAGAUUUAUCAAGGAUUUCUCUAAAAUUUCCACACCACUAUGCAACCUUCUUCAAAAAGAUCCACCAAAUUGGGAGAUACCUUUUGAACUCAUGUGUGAUGCAAGUGACUAUGUCGUGGGUGCUGUUCUUGGGCAGCGAGUUGACAAGCUUUCUCAUUUUCUAUCAUACUUGAUUGCAACUAAAGUGAUUGUUUAUACCGAUCAUGCUGCUCUUCGCUAUCUAUUGGCAAAUAAAGAAGCCAAGCCUCGGCUGAUUCGGUGGAUUCUACUUCUUCAAGAGUUUGAUUUGGAGAUAAAAGAUAAAAAGGGUUCUGAGAAUAUGGUGGCGGACCACCUGAGUCGUCUUAUCCGGGAUGAAGAUAAUUUUCCCAUAGAAGAAAAAUUUCCGGAUGAGCAACUCCUCGCCAUGCAAGAAGUUAUUCCUUGGUAUGCCGACAUUGUAAACUACCUUUCUUCAAAGGAGUUACCAAGUGAUCUCACACAAGCACAAUGGAACAAGAUAAAGCAUGAUGCUUGCCACUACAUAUGGGAUGAACCUUAUCUUUGGAAGCAUUGUACUGAUCAAAUCAUUCAAAGGUGUGUACCUGAAUCUGAAUUUCAUUCCAUCCUUGCUUUUUGUCAUGCUUAUGCUUGUGGUGGACACUUUGGACCUAAGAGGACAGCUCAUAAGAUAUUCAACAGCGGUUUCUAUUGGCCCACAAUUUUCAAAGAUUCUUAUGCUUAUUGUAAGGCAUGUGAUCAUUGUCAACGAGGCACAUCUCCAACAAUUGCAACUAGAAAAGAUAAUUCAAAAAUAGUAGUGGAUUUCAUUCACUGCAACAUUUUUGUGCGUUUUGGUACACCUAAGGCUAUACUUAGUGAUCGAGGCACUCAUUUUUGUAACACGAGUAUAGAAGCAUUAUUUCGACGCUAUAGUGUAACUCACAAGGUGACAGUUGCUUAUCAUCCACAAACCAACGGGCAAGCGGAGGUUUCUAAUCGUGAAAUCAAAUUGAUUCUUGAGAAAACUAUAAAUCCAAACCAGAAAGAUUGGAGUACGAGGCUUGAUGAUGCCUUGUGGGCGUAUCAUACGGCAUAUAAAACACCUAUCGGUAUGUCACCAUAUCGAUUGGUGUAUGGGAAGCCUUGCCAUCUACCGGUAGAGCUAGAGCAUAAGGCUUGGUGGGCUGUAAAUAAGUGUAACAUGGACAUGGUUGCUGUAGGACAACAACGAAUGCUUCAAUUGCAUGAGCUAGAAGAAAUACACAAGGAAGCAUAUGAGAGCUCGAGAAUCUACAAGGAGAAAACCAAAGUUUUUCAUGACAAACAUAUUCUUCGAAAGAGUUUUAUGGAAGGUCAAAAAGUUCUCAUUGAUCACUCUCGCCUUAUACUUUUUCCUGGGAAGUUGAAGUCUCGCUAG